GGUCCACUUUUGGAUCCAGACUCCUCUCAGCUCAUUUACAUCGCAGCUGGAUGCCAAACAUCUGGAGCGCCCUUUUUUUUUAAGGGGGGGGUGGGUUUUAAACCCAGGCAGCUGUGAGUUAGCGGGCCAGACGGACCGCUUCCUUCCUUCGACAUGAAUCCUGCUCUUGUGGCCCUGGCCUUGGCCCUGCUCGCCUCAGCGGCGGCGGCGCAGUCUCAGGACCACCAUGACCACCAAGACAUGGGCUGGGUCAACGGCUACCGCCAGGGCUUCAACUUCCAGUGCCCGCACGGCGAGGUCCUGGUGGCCAUCAGGAGCUACUUCAGUCAGAAGGACGGCUCGGACCGCUUGUGGACGUUCGAGUGCCAGCCAACGCCUGAGGGCCUCGGCGCCCCCACCGACUGCUGGUGGGACGACAUCAACCGUGGUGGGAUGGAGUGGACGUCCACAUGCACUCGUAAUGGCCUGGUGGCGGGUGUGCAGAGCAAGUACUUUGAGAGCGUUCUGGACCGGGAAUGGCAAUUCUACUGCUGCUAUUACAAGCGCCGCUGUCCCUACGCCUGCAUGAAGACCAACGACAUUCCGGAGCAGUACCAUGAGGAGGCAGAGCUGGUGGUUCCCAGCUACGGCUACUUCAUCCGAGGAGCUCAAACCACCUUCAGUGGGGUGCUGAGGGAUCGCCAGUGGAAGUACAUCCUGUGCAGGAUGACCGACUUUGACUGCGAUUUUGAGAACUUCAUGCAACAUAGAAGCCCAACACUGUCAUAAGUUGAAGUCCUCCAGCUGACCUGAAAGGGGUUUUUCCAAAGCAAAUCAUUGCAUCGGUCAGCCUGCAUCACAUGACUGUCAUGGCCAAAGAAAAUGGUCGCCAACAUUUUCAUGCGUCACGAAGGCAAUCAGUGAGCUUUGGCAGCAACAGCAUUCGAGCCUUCUUCUAGGACGCCUUCAAGGAGGCUCCUUUAGGAUCAAUGAGUGGCAAAUAUCAACUUUGUUUGAUUAUGACACUGUGCAAAACCAUUAAAAAGCCCCUUUGUCAUUCGUCAUUCACUGUUAGCUGUUUUUAAUGUGCCCACACCAUACAAGCAACACAAUUAGAAUCCAUCCAAGAGGAAAUGUCCUCUUAAAGGGCUCAUCUAUGUACUGCAAGAAUCUAAGCAAUAUUAAAUGUCUAAAAUCAAGGCAGAAAAUACAUACAUUUGACUCAAUAUAUUUUUCUUUCCAUGU